GUUUUUUUUUUUAAAGAUUUAUUUAUUUAUUUAUUAUAUGUAAGUACACUGUAGCUGUCUUCAGAUGCACCAGAAGAGGGCAUCAGAUCUCAUUACGGGUGGUUGUGAGCCACCAUGUGGUUGCUGGGAUUUGAACUUUGGACCUUCGGAAGAGCAGUCGGGUGCUCUUACCAACUGAGCCAUCUUACCAGCCCUAAAGGUAGAAGCCUCCUUGAUUUUUUUUUUUUUUUUUUUUGGUUUUUUUCGAGACAGGGUUUCUCUGUGUAGCCCUGGCUGUCCUGGAACUCACUAUGUAGACCAGGCUGGCCUGGAACUCAGAAAUCUGCCUGCCUCUGCCUCCCGAGUGCUGGGAUUAAAGGCGUGCGCCACCACGCCCGGCGCAGCCAGUGUUCUUAACUGCUGAGCCACCUCUCCAUCCCUGGCUUAUUGCCUUAUAUGCACUUAUCUAUUCAUCUCCCCUUUCUCUGUCAGCUUUCAGCACACUCUUCACAUCCACAGCGGUCUCAGGAACCUCUGUGGGAAUUCACGUCAUCGUGGCUGCUCCCACCAGUGUCCCGGAGACCUCAUUGGACUGGAUUCUCUGACGAAGCCACACUGUAAAAGGUCCAGCAGGCUAAGGAGCCCUCACAACGGUCAGGAGACAGACUACAGGCCUGAGCUGUAUCUUGGGCUGUCAUUCACUGAUGAGUCUAACCUAUGUCUUGGUGACUGUUAGAAAAGACUUUUGGGCCACACUAUCAUAGCGGUCCAUUAGCUCCAUCAACCCAGGCACACUGCUGGCACCCCCGUGGGAGCAGGAACUCAGGGACAUCUCGCAUGGCUUCUGUCCCAGGGAGAAGCUGCAGGGCCCAAGAGCAUCCUACGGCGUUUCCUUCCAACUCCCCCCACCCCCCGCCCCAGCAGCACUCUUCGGUGACAUGGUAGCUUACUUGUGCGUAUCAUGCCCAAUAUAAAGAACCCUCUGACAGCCACCUCUGACCUGCACACACUCCUAUCUCCAGUGUGCACACACCCUAUAAACCCACACUCCCAAGGUGACCACGCCCAAGGAGUGCAGCACACUCCUGAGAAGCCUCUAUCUGAGGUGCCCCGACACAGUGUCCACAAUCCUCAGACGCGCACACACCCAUUCCCACGCUUUCACAAUCCUCAGACGCGCACACACCCAUGCCCACACUUUCACACUCCCCAGGCAUGCACACCUCCUAAGUGCGCCGCACACCUCCGCCCGAAGUGCACCGUAAGCCCGAAGGUGAAGGGCACGGAGCCAAGCGAGGACACACUGUCGGGGCAACGCCCUACGCACGAGCCCCCAAGUGCCCCCUUCCGCGCGAGUCCAUGGCGUCCCUUUCCCCGUUCUCAGCCAGGAACCCCCGACCGGCAUUUUUUUUUUUUUUAACUCGCCCUUCCUGUAAACAGGAAGUGGCUCCGCGCGUGGCGGCAGCUUCCGGCCCAGGAGGGGCCGCCGUAAUCAUGAACGGCAGCACUUUAGACCCAAUUGCAGAAGACAGCUUAGGGGAAAGCCAAUCGCGAGACGCAGUCGACGGAGCUGGAGGCGGGUCCGGAAGGCGGGCUCUGCAGGACUCAACCAAUCACAAGGCGAACGAGGGAGGGCGGGGCGCGGCCGGGCGGACGCCGGGGCGGCGGCCGUCGGUGGAGGCUGCCGGUGGCGGCGCGAUGCUGCAGCUGCGGGACACGGUGGACUCGGCGGGCACGAGCCCCACGGCGGUGCUGGCGGCCGGCGAGGACGCGGGUGCGGGCCGGCCUGGGGCGGGCACACCGCUGCGCCAGACGUUGUGGCCGCUGAACGUCCACGACCCUACACGCCGCGCCCGCGUCAAGGAGUACUUCGUGUUCCGGCCCGGCACCAUCGAGCAGGCGGUCGAGGAGAUCCGCGCCGUGGUACGGCCCGUGGAGGACGGCGAGAUCCAGGGGGUGUGGCUGCUGACCGAGGUGGACCACUGGAACAACGAGAAGGAGCGGCUGGUGCUGGUCACCGACCAGUCGCUGCUCAUCUGCAAAUAUGACUUCAUCAGCCUUCAGUGCCAGCAGGUGGUCAGGGUGGCGCUCAGCGCGGUAGACACCAUCUCCUGUGGAGAAUUCCAGUUUCCUCCGAAGUCGCUCAACAAUUGGAAAGCUUCAAGGCUCUCCUGAUCCAAGCUGUCAAGAAGGCCCAGAAGGAGAGCCCACUGCCAGGGCAGGCGAAUACCGUGCUGGUGCUGGAGCGCCCCCUCCUCAUCGAGACCUACGUGGGGCUCAUGUCCUUCAUCAACAAUGAAGCCAAGCUGGGCUACUCCAUGACCAGGGGCAAGAUAGGCUUCUAGACAGCUGCGUCCCGGAAACCAAGGUGGUGGGGACUCCCUGUGCCACCUCAUGCCACCCACUGGCUGGAGGGAAGGAGGGCAUGUAUCCGAUUAGAAUAGUCAAGUGGAUUAUGUAUAUUUAGUUGGAUAUUGGACAUCUUGGCAACACAAUCUUACAAAGGCAGAUUCAGCUGCCCCCAUACCACUGUGUUCCUUCUGUAACGCCACGUUCUCCCUCCAGCAUGCCGAGCACAAUGUCCACCCACUUGUGCUGUGUAGACUGUUGCAUACAGCUGAGUACAGUGAGCGGCUUCUGCACAUAUUUAACUCUCCCUAUAUAUUAACUCUCAAGUGCUGUAUUUUAAAAUUCAGCCCGUUUUUUAAAAAAGCUAAAUACAGUAGCAGCCAGCAGCCAGUCACUAAGAAAGACAGUCUGCCUGGCAGCUCCUGGUGAACCUGCCUUUCUGUGAAUGUGUCUGACUUAGAAUCACACUUUAUAAAUUAAUCCAGGUUGUGUUAAUACAGCAGUUUUCCUAGGCCCAAAAGGUUACUCUCAUAACAUAAGCUAGCCCCUUCCGGAAGUCAUGGUGGUGGGUUUCUAUCAUCCUGUCUCUGUUUAAAAGGGACUGAAUAGUUGGGUUUUAAAAGUGCAUGCUAUAAACAGACGAGCAUCCUAGAGCUCACUGAGCACUGCUGAGCUUUGACACGCCAGCCACACACAGCUUGCUGCUGUCGUUCUAGCCUUGCCAGUGCACUGUAGAUGCUGGCCUGUCACUCUAUACCUCUCGCUUUAGUUAACCGGCAUGGAUGUGACCGGAAUGCCAUGGCCUAUCCAAGAGGAAAGGUGACCUCAGAUGCACCUGUUUUCAGCCUGUGCUUUUGUUCUAGUAAAGACAUUUAAACCAAA